CGUUGUUAAGUUGUUUUAUUAAGUGUUAAUGGGCGAUGGGCAAGGACCAGGAGCUGCUCGAAGCAGCUCGGAGCGGAAACGUUGUCGUCGUAGAAAAAAUACUCGGCCAAAGGGCUAAAAGGAGUGGCCCUUUAGCGAGCUUACGUCGCGGCCCAGGUGCUAACGUUCAGGAUAGCAGUGGAUAUACUUCACUGCAUCAUGCUGCGCUCAAUGGUCACAAGGAAAUAGUUCGAUUGUUGCUAGAUCACGAUGCAUCUCCGAAUAUUGUAGAUAGUAAAGGCUCAACGGCGUUGCACUUGGCAGCUUGGUCUGGCAAUGUCGAUAUCGUUAGGUUACUUCUUUGUGGACCAUCUAUUUGUAAUGUAAAUUUAACGACCAAAGCGAACGAGACGGCGUUGCAUUCUGCGGCUCAAUACGGCCACACUCCAGUUGUACAUUUACUGUUAGAACACGGAUGUGAUCCUGGCAUUCGAAAUAAUAGGGGCGAAACUGCCCUUGAUCUAGCUGCUCAGUACGGAAGGUUAGAGGCUGUAGAAUUAUUAGUUAGAACGUAUCCCAGUUUAAUACAACCGAUGCAAAGGGCCAUUCCGGGGAUGAGUUUUCCGCAUACAUCUUUGCAUUUGGCGAGCAGGAACGGCCAUAAGGCGGUUGUGGAGGUACUUUUACGGUCCGGUUUCGACGUCAACGUUAGGACGCCUUCUGGAACUGCGCUUCAUGAAGCCGCUCUUUGUGGUAAGGUGGAAGUGGUUCGAACGCUUCUGGAACAUGGCGCCGAUAUGUCUAUUAGAGACGCGCACCAUUAUACAGUUAUGGAUCUACUCAGCCAGUUUCCCGCUCAGGCCACUCAAGAGAUAGUGGGAAUUAUAAAACGAUAUACAAGGUCGUGGAUAGCUCAAGAUAGUGAUGGUGAAAGUAUUAGUCAACCUUUUCCUCCAGUUCCUAGCACCAAUUCCGAUAUAGGGAGUCCAUACGAAAAUGUACGUCCGUCUUCAAGAGGCAGGUCACUGACUGCGGAGCCCUCUCCUGGUACCUCCCCACACCGUUGGGAUUUUUACCGCCACGCACGGUCAGUGGAAGGCGUUGAAGAUCGGAGAACAUCGGGCACCUCGGCGAUGUCGAUCAUGCACGCAUGUUCCAGGCGCUUUUCACGAUUUUACCAAAGUUUACCCAGCAACAAACGCACGAAGCGACCACCCAAACUCUCCACCUUGCAUGAUCCGCGUUCAAUUCCGUCACAAAUGGGCAGCAUAACGUUUGCGUUCAGCGAGAAAAUCUGUAUUAGAGAACGCGAUUCGUCAGAGUCUUCUUAUAGAACGGCUUCUGAUUGUUCCAGAGAUUCUGAUAACAGCCUAUUUCAUACGCCUCCCGCGCCAAAAUUGUUCAUGGACUCUAGUGGUCACUCUGAAGAUCUCCAUUUUUUAACAAACCAUCGUGAAGCAGAUCGCACCAGCUUGUCUUCCACUGCUUCAAGCACCAGCUAUCCACGGCGGCCCGAUAGCGGCGGCACUCCAUUUUAUAUGCCCAUGAAUAACAUAAAAGGGGGUCGUAGCCCAGGAUCGAAUAACAAAGUUUCGCCCACUCCUCCUAAAAAACCACCACGUCGAAACCUAUCGGGAUCUCCUACGCACCUGCACCCCAUGUCGAUGUCAAUUGACGGAGUCAGUAAUAAUGCGUACGAGUACGUUUUUCUUGCGCAUAGUGGCACACGGAGUCACAGUGAUCUCAACGAACUGCAACACGAGAAGAAACGGGAACGGUUGGUACACGGGCGUAGUGUCGAUCAGUACGUGGAAAUGAAUACGGUAUUCAAUAUCGCCCUGGACGAAGAAGAAGAACGGCCAGUUAAAGAGUUGCACCGGGGCAAAAGUGAAGAUUUAGACACGCGAAAGGCACUCACGCGAUUAGAACCCGUUGCGAUAACCUCCGUGUACGAAAAUAUGAUUGUCAAACAGCAAAAUCCAAAACGAAAAUUGCGGCGAAAUCCUGAAGUGUACGAAGAGUACGACUUUAGAAACAAAGAAGACCAAGUGAAAACGAGUUGCUCGGCACCCGCGUCUACAUUUGUGUCUAGUGCAUUUAUUAUGAUUAAAGAUGAUUACCAAGACAGUUACAACGAAACUAGUGAUGACGAGAGGCACAUUCAAAGGGUACCCAAAUCAAAAAAUAAUCCUCUAAGCCCCACUCAUUACCAGCAGCCUCCCACCCCAGACCAUCCUCCUCCUUCGGCGAUACACGCCGAAAACACCAUUUACGAACGAGUGCGACCGCUAAGUCAGGAAUACAAGAGGAAAUCGAAAGAUAUGGAGACUGAGACGCAAGAGGAGUACUUGUUAAUAUGCGACGAAUCGAGUGAGUCGUUUUCUAGCAGCGUUUCCCUCUCCGAUAAAAGUUGUGAUAAUGUUCUUGAGGAGUACCAUUCCGACGCGCCUUUUGCAGGUUUAUGUAAAGGGUCUGCUAAAACAACAGACGGUUCACACAAACCGCCCGAACGCCCCAAAACCCUUAAAAAGCUCAAGAACGUUUACGAUAAUUCCUUAGAUUGCUCAACGAAAUUGGAUCAGAAGUCGCGUAGUAAUUCUUCUUCAAGUUCCGAAAAAGAUUGCGAUAAUAAAGAGAAUAAGGAGAGGGUUACUUCUCUUAGUCCAUUUGAUGAACAAGAGGAGUGGGCGAAAAUACAAGAAAUUAUGGCGUCGUUCGGCACAGGAAUUGUUCGGGAAUCGGUAUUUGUAACUGAAUUGGAGAAAGAAUUUCAAACUAGAUUAAUGAGCCUUAGCGUGUCGCAAAAUAAUUUAAAUCCGGGAUCGGUUCACACGAUCGAUCAGUGGCUACAGAACUUAGACAUGAACGAUUACGUAGGGCUGUUUGUUACGAACGGAUUCGACGAUCUUGAUUUUUUGAACGGCGUUUUGGAAGAAUCUGAUUUAAAGGAAAUGGGGAUUGUUAGCGAACUCGAACGGCAACUUAUUUUAGAUUCCUGCAAGCGCUUGCCUUUGAAAGUAAACGAUCAAACUUUUUACAAUAAUAAUAACGUUGAGGAGCAAAUUGAUAGCGUCGAGCAAUGGCUACGCAAAAUUCACCUGGGGCAGUACGCGGAAACCUUCGCGAAACACUUGUAUCACGAUAUGAGCCGAAUUAAACGGAUUUGGGACGUGGAGCUUUCUGCGGUUUUAGAGAUAGAGAAAAUUGGCCAUCGAAAACGAAUACUGGCGAGUGUGAGUAGUGGCGAACAUAUCAUGCCUGGACCGAAGCUGGAGGAUCUCCAUACUGACAUUAAUACCUUAAAGAGCAACAUUCAAACUUUGAAAGCCGAACUCCGGUCGCCAUCAGCUCAUGCACCUAAAGACACUUCAGGCACCGGCACUUUACGACAUCGUCACAAAAAGUCUCGACCAGCUCCUCCUCCACCUAUAAAUAUUCCUAAAAAAGAGGAAAGCAGAAAACCUGCCGAGCUUUUUGUCGGGGGCAAUAAUUCCAUUAAAUCCCAAUGGCGACAUCAGCCCAUUUUGCUCAUUACCGGCGCCAUUAAGUAUACGGCAAAUUAUCUAGGCUCGACGUCGAUACGCGAAUUCAAGGGGACCGAGUCUACCAAAAAGUCGAUUCUGAAAAUUCGAAAAAAUACGGAGGAUCGCAACGAUCAGGACAUAAUUUUGUCAAUUUCGUACGCCGGCGUUAAAUUUAUUAACCCCGUCACUCAGGAAUUAAUAUGUGAACACGAAAUUAAGAACGUUAAUUGCGCCUGCCAGGACACUGAGUGUUUGACCUACUUCGCCUACAUCACAAGAGAUCCCAGCAAUUACUACUGCCACGUGUUUUCCACGGAUACCGCUGAUCACGCAACCGACAUUAUUCUUACAUUAGGCCAGGCGUUCGAGCUCGCAUACCAAAUGGCCUUACGUGAGCAAGUAACAAGCAAAAGCAAAUCGAACAGGGAAAACCACAAAGCUGCGGUAAGUCCUGGUUCGGUUUCGUCUCACAGUCGCGAAUUUAAAGACUCCUCCCGAGCGGAUUUGAAGCUAAACGGGCAUCCGCUGAAAAUGAAACCUUUAACCUUAUCGCUGGCCGCCGAACCCGUCAUUGAUACUCACGCUCAGAAAACACCGACUAAAAUCAAUUCCGGUGACAUCCACGCAUAGUCAUAAACAUACUAUGUGCUGUAUGUACGUUUAAUUAAGUGAAUUCUUUGUCUUCUCAAAAUUAAAAAGCAAAAGCCAGGCCGGUCCUGACAACAUUGUUGCAAUACUUCACUGCCGUACAAAGUUAGAAUUUUUUCAUGAUCCAAAAAAUAUUUCACGUAGAUGAGAAUUUUUUUUCUUUCAACUCGGGAACAACUGAAAUGAUAUAUAGAUAGACCAUUUACAACACAUUUAAAAAUAACGCACAUUUUAUAAUACCUUUAGAUAAAUCAACAUCUUCCAUCACUGUAUGUCAAAAACGAGUGCGAAAAACUAUUUGGUUGUAAAUAUUUUAACUGUGCUUAAUAUUGAUAAAUUUAGCAGGGUUGUAGAGAAAGAUGGAUGUAUAAAGUGUUCCACAAGAAAUACGUAUCAUAAAUGUAGUAAAAAAAAUCGUGAAAAUGUUAUGCUUCAAAUAUGCAUUCAAAAUGCAGAUUGUUUUUGCUUGAAAUCUUUAUUUAAUUAUGCAACUGUAAAUUUUCAAAUGUUUAUGAAAGUUUCCAGUUAUGCGCACAUAUAUAAAAAGAAAAACAAGAUCGUUAUAUUCAAAUUUAGUAAUAUAUGUA